CACGGGGGUGGGGCGAAGGGAUCCCGGGAGGCCGAUGGGGAACUCGCUUCCCAGAAGGGGCGGGCAGCAGCGCCGAGCUCGCUUCGGGCAGGGCCGCCAUGGAGCAGCUGGUGAAGCAGCUGCUGGGCCCCCUGGAGAAGAAAGGCGAGCGGGAGCUGCAGCGCUUCGGCAAGAGGCUGGAGAAGUGUCUGAGGAGGGAGGGGGAGAAGCUCUUCGCCGCGGACACGCCGGAGGGAGGGGCGGAGCCGGCCCCGGAUAUUAACGGCCUCAGGGACAGCGCCGAGCACUGCGGGCUGGAGCUGCUGACAGAUCUGGACCGCAUCAGAAACCUGGCAGAGGCACUCGGCACAGACGUGCCCCCUGAAUCUGCAGCCACUACUGUGCAGAGUGAGCCCCUUCCUGUGGGUGCUACAGCCGUAGCAGCAGAGUCCUCCCCCACAGUGAUUCCUGACUCUGAGCAGCUGGAAAUUCUCCCUUUGGACAAUGCAGAGGGACACACAGUUGUCCUGCGGAGCCCAGAGGUAUCAGAAAUAUUCCAGUCUCAGCCACUGGUGGAGGGCAGCCACGUGGCCUUCAGCUGCUUCAUCGCAGGAUACUUCCCCCAGGAGCUAACUGUGACCUGGCUCAGGAGGGAGAGUGGAGCCAGUGUGGCCAUGCCCAUCAAGGACUCUGCUGAUUAUGCCAUCAUCCACAAGGAGACCCGUGCCAAAGACAAAGAGACCUACCAGCAGAUGGUGAUGCUGUCCUUCACCCCGUUGGCACAGAGAGACCACGGGGCAGAGUUCAUCUGCCAGGUGGGACAUGUGGCCCUGCAGACCCUCAUUGAGAGGAGCACCGGGAUGCUGGAGGUCAAAGGUGUAGCUACCCCCGACGCCAAGGAGGUUGCCCCCGACGCCAGGGAAGUGACUUCUGUUUCCAAGGAGGUUGCCCCCGACGCCAGGGAAGUGACUUCUGUUUCCAAGGAGGUUGCCCCCGACGCCAGGGAAGUGACUUCUGUUUCCAAGGAGGUUGCCCCCAACUCCAGGAAAGUUACUCCUAUUUUCAAAAAAGUUGCCCCCAACUCCAGGGAAGUUACUCCUGUUUUUGAAGAAGUUUCCCGCUACUCCAGGGAAGUUACUGCUGUUUCCAAAGAAGUUACGCCUGACUCCAGAGAAUUUAAGCCCAUUUCCAGGGAAGACAGAGGAAGCACAGCUGGUAGAAAAGAGACACACUUUGUGGACCGGCACCGAGAACAGCUCAUCCAGCGAGUAACUCUGGUCGAGGGCGUCCUAGAUAAGCUGCUGGGUGACGUGUUGGACACUGAGCAAUAUCUGACCAUUACAGCCGAGAGAACCAACCCAAUGAAAAUGCGGAAGCUAUACGAGUUCAUGGUGAGCUGGAACAAGUAUUGCAAGGACCAGCUCUACGAGGCGCUGAAGGACAAGUGCAAGUUCCUUGUUGCAGAUCUGGAAGGGGAAUGAACACACACACUCUCACUCACUCUCUGUCUCCCUCUCUCUCUCUCCCUUUACUUCCAGUGUCUGUUGCAGGGAAGAAAACCCAUUUCUGGCUCUUCCCCAUGUUUCCAAAGAUGUCACAACUGGUUAAGACGAGGGCUUCAUGAAAACUUCCCCUUGAAAUUAUUUUUCAAUGGAAAAUCAGGUUUUUAACAAGAUAAAAUAUCUACUUUCUGAGGAAAAAAAAUUAUUGUUGAAAAACCAAAUCUAUUUCAGCCAAAACCAGAAAAUAUUUCAAUGUGGGUAUAACUUAUGGGAGUUGUAGUUCACUUGCCUCAUCCCCAUUCUCAUCUAUGGACCAGGGCCCUCAGCUGAACUACAUUUCCCAUGAUACACCAUGGCCAGGGAUUCCCAUGAUGCAACUGCCUCCUCACCAAAAGGAGAGACCAUGGUGCAUGCUGGAGCCCAGACUACAGUGGAGAAUGCGAUCACGAGGCACCAAAAUUUCAACACCCAUUUGGAACUGCGACAGCAUUUCCAAAUCAAAAUAUUUUGGUUUAGUUUAGUGUUUGGGUUUUUUUGUUUUUUUGCUGAAAUGUUGAACUUUUCAGUGAAAAAUCUGGACAAGAAUGAAAUCUAUUUAUCUGUUUUUGUUUGGGGGUUUUGUUUAAAACAUCAGUGGAAAAAUGCUUCAUUUGCCAACGGCAGAGCCCCAAUCCAAACUGCAGCUCCUUCUCCUCACCUGGCUCUCCCAGCCACCUCAGCCCCUGACUGCUACAUGCUGUUGGCAACUGAGCGUGAAGGGCUGGAGGCUGAACUGAACAGCUGCUGGACUGCGCUGGUGAGGACCGCAAAUCUAGGGGGGGCAUCACCAUUUUAUCCUAGUCUCUGGGAAGAUAAAGGCCGUGAGCCCUGAAUCUCCACAGCUACAUUCCGUCCCCUGCAGGGCCAACACUUGGCCACCGCAUCCCUCCCUUUGGAUACAAAAAGUCCAGCGAUGCCCUCCUAGAGUUUAAAGCCAGAAGGGACCAUUAGAUCCUUCAGUCUGAUCUUUUUAGCCCAGGCCCUUACAUUUCACACAGUUACCCCUGCACUGAGCCCAGUGACCUGCGUUUGACUAAAGCCUCUUCCACAAUGGCAGCCGGUCAGGUUUUGAAGACACCAAGAAAUGGAGGAUUCACCACUUCCUUUGGGCGUUUGUUCCACGCUGAGUGAGAAAAAUCGGGGCCUGAUUUCUGAUGUGAAUUUGUCUGGCUUCAGCUCUCCAGCUCCAGGUUCUCGUUCUGUUUUUCGCCAGCAGAUUGCAGAGCCUCGAACACGGCAGUAUACUGUGCCCUUCCCCCACGCCCUCACUUCCAUUACAGACCCAUUCGUCCUUUGUAUCAGGGCUUCGGGCAAGGCGAUUCCACCGCUGCCAGGACAAGGCUCUGCUCUGCUUCUCAGACAUUCCCCAAGCCAGAACCCUGCAGCUGCUCUGGGUCUUUGCUGUCCAUCUAAGUCCACCAGCACCAACCUCUCAGGGCCCUGUCGGGAGAGGGGGCUGCCUAUCUCCCAGCCAGCUGAAAGGGGAAAUCACUGUAAUUCUCACAUUAACCAAUAGGGGCUGGUUCUUGUGAUUAGUUUAAUAUAAAGCAACUUUUGUACCUUUUGUAUUUAAAUUAAAAAGAAGGUGGUACCUGGCUGAGA